UAACGAACAAACAAAGAGUCAGGUGAAAUUGUUCACUUGCUGUCAAUUGAAUUUAAUUGAAAAAUCUGUGUUGCUAUUGAACAAAAUUGUGACAAAUUGUUGAUUUAACAUUUUUAUUUAUUUUUUCCCUUUCAAAAGGGAAAAAUCGGCAAUUUCUUUAAUAGUUAAUUUGAAUACAAAGAUUUGCUUUAUUCUUUAACCAGUGUUGUCUUUAUUACAUCUCCAUAGUCGAACCUACUGGCCUAUGGUGAUAUUAUGGUUUGACAGUAAAGACAAUGAAAUAAGCAAUACAUAUAUAAUAAAUACAUACUAAAACAACAGUGUUAACACACUCUAAAAAAUAGUUUUGUUUUUUUAACAGAAAGAACGUCCAAUAACAAGUUAUACCCAGAUCAAUGACCAGGUACCCAUCCUGGUCAAGUUUUUUUCUGGAGAUGAUUUCAGGCUCUCCAGAAACAGCAUCAACAUGCUGGUCCAGAUGCUGCCCCAUCAGAAAGCCCAUGGAUGGAGCCAUGAAAUCAAAGUGCUAGUUACAGUGUAUUGGCUUGACUGUGGAGCGUCCUACAGGGUCAUUUCAGACACCUUCAGCAUGCCACUUGUGACGGUUUGAAGGACUGUUCACAACAUUAUGGAGGAGAUGAUGACCAUCCUCCACAAACUUAUUCAUUUCCCUAAACCAGAGGAGAUGGAGGAGGUGGGGGCUGGCUUUGCUCACCUUGCUGGUCAUGAGGCAUUCCGGCAUGCAGCUGGUGCCAUCGAUGGGCGCCACAUCAGAAUUCUUCCUCCUGCAGAGCCACAAAUUUUUUUUUACAUUAAUCGGAAACUGUUUCCUUCCAUAAUACUGCAGGGCACCUGUGAUGCCAAGGGAGCAUUUAUAGAUGUGUACACUGGCAAUCCAGGCUCUGCUCAUGAUGCCCUUGUCCUGCGUAGAUCACCGAUGUACCAGCAGGCUCUGUAUCCACCAGCUGGAUACUUCCUGUUAGGAGAUGGUGGAUACCCAUGCCUGCAGCAUCCUGUUGCAAUCAUGACACCAUACCGCCAGCCUGUCGAAGGUCAAGUUGAAGCAUCAUUCAAGGGCAAGGAACAUCAUCGAGUGUGCCAUUUUCUUAAGGGCCCUGGAGAUAAGGCCUCUGUUCGGCCCAAAGGUGAUUGGUGCCUGCUGCAUCCUCCAUAACAUUUGUGUGACAGCAGGUGAUAUGAUGGAAGAGGAAGGGGAAAGCCAUGGAGAAGACGACAACGAGGAGGACACGGAUAAUGCAGCAGUGGAUGAGAGGGACCUGUCUGGGAACCGUCUCCGUGAACAACUUGCUGCUCAGCUUUCUGCUCCUGAACAGCUGCCUGUGUGUCUGGGUGAACAUGACUACACUAGACAGUAAACCUCUCCAGAUGUGUGUGAACAUAAACAAUUGUAAUAUAGUUAAAAUAUUACACCGUAUAUUGUAUUGAAAAAUAGAUAUGAAUAGAUGUGUACAUUAUUAAUGUGUUACUUUCAUUAUAAGUCAUUAUUAAUUGGUUAAUUUUUUGAUGUAGGUAUGUUUUUCUGGAUCAUUUAUUUAUUAAUUGUAAUUAAAUAAUUUUCAUAACUGCAAGACACUGGGUUGUAUGUUUUCUAUUUAAUUCUUAAGUUAUUG